AUGGCCAAGCAAAGUUCAUUUCUUUUGUCUGGCUUGUUUCUCGUUUUGUUGCUACCUUCCGAUGACGGACAAUCGGGUGAUAGCGCUUUCCUAAAAAUCCUCUGUUCAAGAAACCCGUCAGCUCUUCUUGGUUUGUGCACAAACUACGCGUCGUCCUUACGGACCUGCCCUAGUACUCAAUGGGGAGAGUGGAAGUUGCAAGACUUUUCUCCUUCUUCCGCUUCUAACGCUUCCUGUCCGUCAGCCAGCAGACUGUUCAGGUAUAAUCGUACCAAAGACGUAAGCCACUUGUCAGCAACUUGCAAGAACGAAGCAGGAGACAUCUACGAAACACAAGACAGAUGUCCGCCAACUACAGAAGAAAAAGUGUCCGUUCUUAUGCAAAUUUUUGAUAACGACUUUGGUCCAUCUGUAGUGACAGCUCCCCGUCCAGUUCCGCGUCCUAACCCUAGGCCUCCAGGUGGUUGGAGUCGUCAUAGGUAUUCCUUUCGUAUGGCUCCUCCGCCUCCUCCGCCUCCUUCGCCUCCUCUGCCUUCUUCGCGCUAUUGCUCGUACGAGAAUCCUCGAGAUCUUGCUGUAGUAAUUGACAGUUCCGGAAGUGUUGGACAAGCUGCAUUUAGUGCGGCUGUAGACACUCUUGCAGAUUUCAUCGGCAACAUGUGUCACGAAUUCACAUGUCAAGGACCUCAAACAAGACUAGCCAUCGUCACUUACGGAUCGGAAAUCAAAGAGGCAUUCAACUUCCAGUACGCAGCCGGCAGACACAGGAGCGAAGCGCAAAUGAUAAACGACAUCAAAACAAAACCAAUCUACACAGGUGGGUAUACAGCUACAGGAACGGCACUGGAGUAUUGUCGAGACAACAUAUUUCAAACAAGGUACGGCAUGAGAAAUAACAGUAAACGCCAGAUUCUGCUUUUGACAGAUGGUCAUUCAAACCGAGGAACAGCACCAGGAGAUGUGGCCCGUCAACUCUUCGGCGGAAUGGACGUUGCCGUCUACGCCCUUGGUAUUGGGUAUAACAUCAACCUAGAUGAACUAAAAUCCAUAACACACACAAGAAGCAACAACAAUAUGCUUCACGUCAUGUUGGCUUUUGCCAACUACGGUGAAUUCUCUAGAAUCAAUGAUCAGAUUACAAGAAACCUCCGUGUUUUGAGAAAAUCAUGCAUCAAAGCUUCAGUGCUUUAUGACAAGAAGAAAUAGAACAAACACUGCAACAAAAACAUUUGUGCUGGCUUCAGUACAGAAUGUCGGAAGCAAGAUCCUAGAUGCAAUAAUGUAAGUUGGUAAAAUGUCUUGGACAAUUAAUUAAAUGAUGCAACGAUCAGUGGAAUUCUAGUUCCACAGUAACAACAGUAGUAUAGAUUUGUAGAAUUAGAUAGACGUAGUGGUGACACGCAAAAUAAA